AUGCUCUUGCACAAGGCUAGUCCCAGAGGAUUCUCAGGCAUGUUAAGCAGUCUUUACUACAUGCAUUGGGAAUGGAAAAACUGCAUCAUUGCUUGGGCAUGCCAGUUUACAGGCUAUAAGCAUAAGCCAACAGUUGUUCUAGAGGCAAUGGCCUCGUAUGACACUUGGAUAUGGAAUGCAUUUUUUGGAGUCGCUGGAUCAAACAACGAUAUCAACGUCCUAGCUCGUUCCCUGUUGUUCAAUGAUGUAGUCAAUGAAGUGUCUCCCUAUAUCCAAUAUGUUGCCAAUGAAAAUGAAUACAAUAUGAGUUAUUACUUGGCUUAUGGUAUUUACCCUCGUUGGGCUACAUUGGUUAAGACGAUUUCCCAACUAGACUCAACUCCAACAAAAAUUUGCCCAAAAAUAAGAGGCUUAUAA